AUGCGGAGAUGCACUGCUCACUUGCGUGAUUUGACUCUACUACGCGGCACAACAUCUGCCGUGCUUUUGAAUAACUUUGGAUGGAUCAUGAAGUCAACGACGGGCGGUUUCGGCACAGUCAGUGAUGGUGAGAAUGACUUGCACAAGAGCUACGUUGUUGGUGAGUUGGACAUUUUUCUAUCACACAGCUGGCAUGCCUGCUGGUGGAUGAAGUACCUGACUCUGUUGUACUACUUCAAUGCUCUGCCGGCAACCCUUUCUGCCGUUGCCACCGGGAUGUUGUGGUGCGGGCUGCAAUAUCACCAAGGGUGUGUCGGAGUACUGGCCUGGCGGGGCUUCUUUCCCAGCUCACUGCUUUUCUUUGUCGUGCUGUUCUCCUGGCAUCACGCCCGUGCAUUCUUCAAGUCAUACAGGGUUUCAAUUUUCUUGGACAAGGUGUGCAUCGAUCAAAAAGAUGAAGAGAGGAAGGCGGCAGGGAUCAAUGCCAUCGGCGGUAUUUUGAACAGGUCACACACGCUGCUGGUUGCGUGGGUGAGCUUGGCUUUUGCAACACGCUUCUACGAUUUCCUUACGGAGGUCGAUGCCUUGAAAGCAGAAUUGGCUGUCUUCUCUGCACGGAAAGCGCAGUGCUUCUGCUGUAGCAAUCGACAUUUGAAUCCAACUACAGGGGAGCCUUUGUCUUGUGACCGUGCGGUAGUCAACGCAUCCAUUGCGCAUUGGUACGGUGACGACGAUGUGGGAGACGGUUUACACACCUUCGACGAGCUGAUUCGCGGGCGCUUCCGGGAAGAAGUGGGGGAAGCUAUACGAGGGGCGAGAAUGCCAUUUCACUUCGUGUUGGUUGCCUCCGUGUGGCCUGCCAUGCAUCAGCUUGACUACAUUGCUGAGAAGCGAGAUGAGUAUGCAAUGGCAAGAAUCUUCCAAUGCUUGCAUAUCAUGUUCAUUGUAUUUCCCUUGAUGUUUGGAGUCUUGAUGGCCAUUAUGCGAGCAAUGACGCAUUUACCGAGAUUCAAGAAAUGCGCCUUGGUGGCCCGCGAGUGCCUGCCAUCUCAUGCCGCAGAAGGGCAAGCAAAGUUCCAGAGUAUGAGGUCUUUGUCCAGCUCGGCCGCAUACUUCGCAAAGGCGGCUGGAUUUGCUGCUGACCCUCAGACUCGCCCGGAUGACUUCAUGCGUGAAGGGAGCUGGUGGGCACCCGCUGCAGAAAUGCUGGCAGAGGGCUGCGGAAGCAAGCUCUAUAUCUUUGGUGGCAACAAAGUCAGUGCUGUAGUGGCCGAGUGUUUCAGCCCUCAAGAAGGUUCAUGGAUGUCGAUGGGAAGACUGACUACCUCUCGCCGUUGUUUUGCCGCAGCACUGCAACUUCUGCCCGAAACAUGCCACGGGCAAAUGAUCCGUCAUUGCAUGAGUCUCCAUCUGAACCUGGCGCAGGCCUGUGUGCAGCUGAAGGCCUAUGAGGCCACUGUGCAUCACGCUACCCGAGCGCUGAAAGUGGACCAGGAAAAUGCCAAGGCCUACUUUCGCCGCGGUUUGGCACAAGAGGCACUCGGCAAAACCCAGGCGGCGGCGGGUGACCUUCAGCGCGCUGCCAGGAUAGAGCCGCGGAAUGUGGAUGUCCGCAAGAAGUAUGAAGAGCUGAAGAAGGCUCUUCAAGAACUGGAAAAGAAGCAGGAGGAGGAGGAGGGGCCUCCGAACCAUGACAUCAGCUCCUUGCCGAGGGCUUGGCUGGAAAUCGCCAUCGGCGACGCACCGCCCAAGAGAAUGGUUUUUGUGCUCUAUGCUGACACUGUGCCAAAGACGGCGGAGAAUUUUCGCCGACUUUGCACAGGCGAGCAUCCAGGUACCACAGCGCGUGGUAAACCCUUCCACUACAAGGGCAGCAUACUGCGCCAUGGUAGCAAGGACUGGAAUGGAUAG